AUGCACCUUUUUCGAUUUUUGGCUAGAGGUUGUACUGCUAAUUUUCAAAAAUCGACAUUUUCAACCAAAGUUGAUGGGUUUAGUGAACCCGGGUACGAAAUCCUUCUGGACAAAAGUCGUCUUCGUACUCCAGGAGGAAAUGUUUUGUGUGUCCCUCAUGAAGGCUUAGCUCUAGCGAUUGCUCAGGAAUGGGAUUCUCAGCAACAAAAUAUUAAACGCUUCACUCUAGCCUUAACAAAUGUUUGUUGUCAUGUUAUUGAUAACCCUACUGAACGUUCCAAGGAGAAAAUCGUUAAUGGUAUUAUGGAGUUUGCAGAUACUGAUACUAUUUGUUAUAGAGUAGAAACUCCCGAAGAGCUAUUUGCUGAGCAGGAAGAGAAGUGGGGACCAAUACUGGAUGUUAUCCAAACACAAUACCAUUUCCGACCUCCAGUUACCAUGGGUUUUGAUCUUGCUUUUAUCUCACCAAAAUCCCGCGAACUUAUAACCAGUCAUCUCCUUUCUUACAAUCGUUGGGGACUAAUUGGUAUCCAGACUUGCGUCGAGAACCUCAAGUCCCUUUGGUUGACUCUUGCCAUGGUGGAUGGUUAUAUCACCUCCAAAAGAGCAGUCGAACUUUCUCGACUGGAACAAACUUUUCAGGAGAAACGAUGGGGCUCGGUCGAAUGGUUCCAUGAGGUUGACGCCGUUGAGUUGAAUGCACGAGUAGCUGCUGGUUUGUUGGUAACGCUAACAAGCCACUCUCGACGAUCGAUUAACGAAGUAUCUCGGGAGACUUCGGUGUAA